AUGAGCUCUAAUCAACCAUCAAUCUUGUCAGUAAAUCAAAAAGGGAAGAGAAAAUUUUCAUCAUCAAAUCCUCUGCCACAAAUUCGAAAGAAGAACACAUCAAAAGUUCAAGCUAGCAAGGAAACUUUUGAUACUCAUGGGAAGAUUAAGAGGUAUGUCAAAGACCUUCUGAAUAAACCUAUAGAAGAUGAGUAUUAUGGUUAUAGCUUUGUUGAGUGUGAUUUGAAAGUGAGUAUUCUGAAACUAUUUCAGCACCAUAAGUUGUUGAAAUUUAUUGGAUUAAAAAGGAAGUUUAAUCUUGAUCAUGUUAAGGUUUUCUAA